AUGGUCGCCUUAAAGCGGGUCAUCUCGUUCCUCGCCAGACCUGCCUUGCUGGGAGCCUCUCUUUUCAGCCAUCGCAUCAAUUCACGAAGCUAUCGUUCGAGGCUAUUGCACGUCAAGUCGAUCGAGGCUGGUGUCUCUUCCUACAAAGCGCUUGCCCCAAAGACGCGAGCACUCAUCGGCAUUGGACUGAUGGUCAAUGCCUCGGCAAUGCUCAUGUUUUCUGAUCAGAUCGAAGGAGCCUUGGGACUGACGCCGCCUCCGGAUGAUCAGACAAAGCUCCUCAAGGUGUACAGUGUCGAGCGAGAGACGAAACAAUAA